CAACCCCUGCGCCCGUGAUGAGGAUAGAGCGCCCCGCUGCGGUCACCCGGGCCUAUGCGCGGCCCCAAGGCCUUGUGUUCCCACAGCCGCCGCACCAGGAGGCCCGGCACCGCCUCAGCUCCCCUCGGCUGCGGCUCCACGCUUCGCCCUGCCCCGUGCAAGGCGGCACCGCCCGUGGCCGGGGGGAUGACAGUUGUCAGCCUCUCUGCAGCGAGCAGAUGGCGGGGCGGGUCAAGCUGACAAUCCCCUUAAUCCCAUCAGGGCCCGGCCGAGACAGGACGGGUCAUGGCGGGCACCAGGGUGCGCGGCCUCCUGCACUCAUUCCCGAGCCAGCUGUGCUGUGGCUGCGGCCCUGGCAGAGGGCUGCGCGCCUCCACAGGCACCCGCAUCCUCUACACCCUCCUGCACGUCCUGGCCUCUGCCGUGUGCUGCCUCAUGCUGUCCCGCACUGUGGCUCAGGCUGUCAAGGAGAAGGUGAGCAGAGGAGCGGCAGGGGAUGCAGGCCGCUGGGGCCGCUCGGGGGGUCGAUGGGUGUGCUGGAGGUGCUGCCAUACCCCCAUCCCAACCCCUUGCUGCUGUGCCCACAGAUGCCGUUCUCAGGGGUCCUGUGCCAACACCUGCCCGGCGGCACGGACUGCACGCAGCUCGUGGGCUCCUCGGCCGUCUAUCGUGUCUGCUUCGGCACCGCCUGCUUCCACCUGGCACAGGCCGCCCUGCUCCUCAAUGUGCGCUCCAGCGCUGACUGCCGCGCUCGGCUCCACAACGGGUUCUGGUUCCUGAAGCUGCUAGUGCUGGUGGGGCUCUGCGCCGCCAGCUUCUUCCUCCCUGAGGAGAGCUUCAUCCAAGUGUGGCACUAUACAGGUGUCUGCGGUGGCUUUGCUUUCAUUCUCAUCCAGCUGGUGCUGAUCACUGCCUUUGCACACACCUGGAAUAAGAACUGGCUGACGGGCGCAGCACAGGACAAGCGCUGGUACCUGGCUGUGCUGCUGGCCACCACUGCCUUCUACACCCUCGCCUCCGCUGCCUUCUCCUUCCUCUACAAGUACUACACCCACCCAGCCGCCUGCCGGCUCAACAAGGCACUGCUCACUGUCAAUGGCAGCCUCUGCAGCAUCAUGUCCUUCAUCUCCAUCACACCCUGCGUGCGUCUCAAGCAGCCGCGGUCAGGGCUGCUACAGUCCUCAAUCAUCAGCUGCUACGUGAUGUACCUCACUUUCUCUGCAUUGUCCAGCCGUCCCCCAGAGAGAGUGCUCUACAAGGGGCAGAACCUCACCGUCUGCUUCCCGGGCAUCCAGCAAGAUGAACUGCAAACAGAGGACACCACGGUCGCCAUCCUGGGGGCUGCCAUCAUGUACGCCUGCGUGCUCUUCGCAUGUAAUGAAGCCUCCUAUCUUGCUGAGGUCUUUGGGCCCCUCUGGAUGGUCAAAGUCUACAGCUUUGAGUUUAAAAAACCCUCUUGCUGCUUCUGCUGCCCAGAGAAGAUGGAGGAGGAGCUGAGAGGUGAGUAGAGGAUGGGUGCCAGCAGGUCAGGGGGAGGCUGUAGUGACACACGGCCUUGGGUACCCGUGUCAGAUGCCAGAGGCGUUGAUGAGGACAGCGUGCAAGAGCUGCAGCUGCCAUCACCCUGCACUCCCUCAGGUGCUGCUCAGGAACAGACAUGUGAGCAAGAGGAGGAGCCUGCUGGAGGACAGUGUGUUUUCCAGGAUGAGCGAGACCAUGUGGUCUACAGCUACUCAGCCUUCCACUUUGUCUUCUUCCUCGCCUCGCUUUAUGUCAUGAUGACACUCACCAACUGGUUCAGCUACGAGACCGCAGUGCUGGAGACCACCUUCACACAUGGCAGCUGGUCGACGUUCUGGGUGAAGGUGGCCUCGUGCUGGGCCUGCGUCCUGCUCUACCUGUGGCUGCUGCUGAGCCCUCUCUGCCUCCGUGGCUCCCCACAGCAUCGGCGGAACAGCCCAGCCCUGCGCAUCGUGCGGCGGCGACGCGCCCCACACCGCAUCAGUGUCUCCACGUAG